UAAUCUGCUCCGGAUGUAUUGGUUAGCGACAAGAAGGAAGCGGCUAGUCUUAACGGCUAGCAUUAGCUGUGUACUUAGCUUGUAUUACUACAGUUCGUUAAAAAGGGACACUUUCUUUUAGCAUACCAGUGAGAAUUAAAAGCGUAUUCGUAACUUAAAUAUAUAUGGAUACGAACAGAUAGUGGAGUAAGCCCAGCGAGAGGUAAAAGAGGUCCCCCCAUACAGCCGAUAACGAUUAAGUUAGCACAACAGUAGCUAGCUAGAUACACAAACGUUUGUUAGCAUUGUUGAAAUUACAGCCAUGACUCUGGCAGUUGACCGGGAACCCAGAAAGUCUGCGGGAAACCGUCUUUCAAAAUUGCUGGAUGCUGAAGAAGAGGAUGACUUCUAUAAAACCACGUAUGGAGGCUUCAACGAUGAAUCAGGAGAUGACGAGUAUCAUGGAGAACAUUCAGACACAGAGGAUGAGGUGGACAGCGACUUUGACAUCGAUGAGGGUGAUGAGCCAGACAGCGACAAGGAGGACGAUGCACCUCGGAGGAAAAGUCGGGUUGUUACUAAAGCGUAUAAGGAACCAAUAAAGGUGGCAAAACCCAAACCGAAAAAACCCUCCGAGGAACAGAAGAAGACUGAGAAAGUUAAAGUCGAGCUCAAAAGAAGGAUUCCACAAGAAUUCCAAGAUUUUGCAGAAACUGUUUCCCUUAAUCAUUCUUUAGCUCGGAAGUCUGUGCGACAGUCCACCAGUGAACAUACCCGAAAGACCAAUCUGCGCUUGCAAGAGCGUCAGGAUGCCCCUCGGCGGCGGAGAGGUGCUCAUCGGGACCGGCCCCUUACGCAGGAAGAACUGCUGGCUGAGGCCAAAAUCACAGAAGAGAUCAACAUUCAAUCUUUAGAGAACUAUGAACGUCUGGAGGCGGACAAGAAGAAACAUGUCCACAAGAAGCGGCGUUUUGAAGGACCCACCAUCCGUUACCAUUCUGUCCUGAUGCCACUCGUCUCUCAUUCAGUCUUAAAAGAAGAAAACGUAGAUGUUGAAGGGUUGGAUCAGGACGUCCCUCAGACUGCACCACAAAAUCCCACCACACCGUCCCAGCAGCCUGCCGGAGGCCUAUGCUCUCGUACUUAUAUAACUUUCAGCGAGGACGAAGCUUUCGAUGCGGCCUUUUCACACAGCGGCCAGUCGAGUCCUCAGCUGCCCGUCCAGGAGGUUUGUCCUGUCACCCACAAGGCCGCACUGUACCGAGACCCGGUCACUGAUAUACCAUAUGCUAACACACGGGCCUUCCGCAUCAUCCGAGAAGCGUACCGUAAAUAUGUUGCUGCUCAUGGAUUUCCAAACACUUCGGGUGGGGGCACGGGACUUGACUCCUCGGCAAUGAAGGGUUCCCGCCAGAAAAUGGUUCUCAAGCAGAGUGCUAUGGCAACAUAGAUUUGUUUCAAAAACUAUUAAACGUAUUAGUUCAGGCAGAGUGACUUGGUGGAGUGACAUCAGGAACCGGGGGGUGAAUACCUUUUGUUCUUCACACGACUGUCUACAUCUAGUUUUAUCUCCAUCCAUACAAACUGUCAUUGGCACCAGAGUUUGGGGAUUCAGCAGUCAAUGUGAUUAUUACCUCACAGUUGUUGAAGCAAUUGAAGGCAAAAUAUGUUCAGUGCUGUUGUUGACUUGACACAGCAGGAAAUGACAAGACGUGAAAUAUCUUGGUAAAAAAACACAUUCCCUUAAACUGCAAAUAAAAGAAGCUACCUAUGUCUCUGUGCAUAAAUUCAUUUUGUAAAUGUUCACCCUGAUUGA